AUGUUCAAACAUGGCGUCCGGCAUGGUGCUAUUUUGGGCUGGGGUUACCUGUUCAUAUUCCUCACACUGCGCAUUGUGUCGAGCGCAAUGCAAAUGAACGAUCCUAGGAACCCAUCCGCAGCUCUUGUUGCCAGCAUUGGGUUGUCACCUUUGCUUCUUUCGGCCGUCAGCAUCUUGCACGAAGCCCGAGCAUACUGCGUCGUGAACCGUCGAAGUAGGAUAGAUCUUGGGUCACUCAUCGUGCUCCAUUUUAUCAUCAGCACCGCCGUGGCCCUGACGGGAGCCGGCGCAUCAGGUGCCCAAAAGCAUGGGGUCACCGAAGAGGAGAGGGCAAAGGACCUCAAAUUGGUAGAGGCCGGAAUGGGAUUGCUUCUUCUCAGCUUGGUGGCCCUUUUAGGGUCGGCUGUUUUCUCAUUAUCCUCGUCGUCCUUCAGAUCGCGUCAUGAGCUGCCGUACCAGAGACAGGGAAAGUGGCUCACAUAUGCCGUUCUGUAUUCCCUUCCAUUUAUUGCUAUCCGCAUCAUCAGCAGCCUUGUAUACUUCAGUACCCAGAGUGCCGCCUUGAAUCCGGUUUCUGGGGAUAUAGGGUACCGUGUUGGUUUCGGACUUGUCGAUGAGCUUAUUGUUUCGAUUAUAUUGAUUAUCGCAGGACUUUGCACGCUCAAUGCUGGUAGGGAUCAAUCGGGAAGCAGAGGGGGAUCAGAAAGUACCGCUCUUCGCAAGUGA